GUAGAGCAAAAGGUAUGGGAAAUGAAAAGCGAGCAGCAUUUUAUAAAAGACGAGGUGUAUCAUCGAGUGAUGGGUUAAAAAGAUUUCAAAGAGCUAUUUUUGUCCUGUCGCUUCGCACACCAGAUACAGACAGAACAGCAUGGAGACACUUCUUUUUCUAUUUCCUCAAUUCAACUACAUGGCCCCAAAGGAGGAAGCGUAUUUUAAAAUGUUUGGUCCAGAAGACUUGCAGGCACCAAAGAUGAAGGACGAUACUAGCAGACAGAAAGACAAGGAGAGGAAGAGCCGACUAAGCCUUUUUCUCACCAAGUCAGGCUCUCAUGAAAAUGUCAGUCCCCAUAAAAAGACAAAUACGACAUCUAGCAACAUCUCACCAGAGGCAGCUUUGCAAUGGAGUGACUCCUUUGAAGAACUGCUGAAGCACUCAGAUGGGUUGGAAAGCUUCUCUCAGUUCCUCAGGACAGAGUUCAGUGAGGAAAACAUUGAGUUCUGGUUGGCCUGUGAAGAAUACAAGACCAUUGAUUCUGAGACAAAGCUGCUGUCCAAAGCCAAAUAUAUUUAUACGGUUUAUAUUGAAUCGGAGGCCCCUAAAGAGGUCAACAUUGACUACAACACCAAGAUGGCCAUUCAGAAGGUCAUAGAGCAGCCCACAAAGAGCUGUUUUGAAGCAGCCCAGAUGAAAGUCUACAGCCUGAUGAAAAAGGACUCCUACCCCAGGUUCCUCAACUCUGACAUUUAUAUGCGUCUCACCAGGAGGAAAGGCCCGGGGACCACCAUGUUUCGCAGAAGGUCACGGUCCUGUGUGUUCAACGACAGGGGCGAGGCCACAACUGAACCUUCGGCCUGGUAGUGGUAACAUUGCAUGCGUAAUGAAUUGCAAACUCUGUGAAACGGAUUAUUAUAUGAUGAAAUGAUCUGUGAUUAGCAGCACAAUUGCUGAAGCAUAAAGAUUGGUGCGGAGGCUUAUUUAAGCAGGUUUGCUUCUGCAGAGUGUGUUAUUUUUUAUAACCACGGGUGUCACAGUGGAUUAUCCUACUUACAUAUGGCAGAUUGCCAACAAUUAACAAUUUAAAGAAAUUAGUUUGACAUUUCUUGCUGACAGUUCGAUGAAAAGAUUGAUACCACUCUCCAGCCAAUACGGUAAAUAUAAAGCUAUGGCCGAGUGGUUAGCUUAGCUUAGCAUAAAGACUGGCUCUGGGCAAUGAUUACAAAACCAACAUAGCACCUCCGAAGAUCCCUAAUGUGCACGUUAAAUCUUUUUUAUCUUAUCUGUGCAAAGACCUAAGAGUAAAAAUGACACGUUGCGGUGUUACAGGGAGAAUAUGUGCCAGACUAUUUCUUGCCCUGGCACAAUAACUUCCUGAAGCCUUCGCUAGUUGCCUGACAACUUCACAGUGAUGAAAACACUCAAGGACAUUUGGCUAGCUGUUUCCCCUCAUUUCCAGUCUUUCGGCUAAGCUAAGCUAACUGGUUGCUGGCGGUAGCUUUUUUAUCGGUCAUACAGAGUGGUAUUAAUCUUUUUCUUCUACUCAUCUCGGCAGGAAAGUGAAUAAGCAUAUUUCCCAAGGUGUCGAACUGUAAGUACUUUACUACCCAGCUGGAUAACAGCUGACACCAUUAGCCGUUCAGCCACAAGAAUAUGUUCAGAAUUGUUAUGAGGCCACUACGUCAGAGCCAUGUGGUUAUCUGGAAUAAUGGACACCCUCUGGCCAAUCAGAGCUGAGUAGUUUCUGUGACCAUGGUAUAAAACCAGAUAACUCACUUUGCACUUGUUUCUUGAUGAUUUCCUCAAAUCUUGCAAAACUUGAAUGACAGUGGGGUGGUUAGAGUCCAAAUCUCAGAAUCUCAGCUGAAGUGCCUCAAUGCCACUGACACAUUGAGGCCCCUCUCCUGAUUUCACAUUACACUUCAAUUGCUUUGUCUUCCAAUCCAGUAAUAGCACCUUAUACAACCAUAAUACAGUUGAUAUUGCAUACAAGCUAAUUUGACCAUAUCUCAUUAAAAAUGGAUUCAUGAUUUUAUUUCUCGCACUCUCCAACCUCUUCCAGACUAACUUGCUUCUUGCAGCCACGGUGACUGCAAAGCACUGAAACUUUUUAAUGAGGGAUAUAUAUCGCUCAUUUCUGUUACGAAUUCAAAAGUAUCCCAUUUUCAUACACAGAAAAUGCAUAUAUCUUAUUUGAAUACUAAUAUGACAUAUUAACUAUAAUUGCUGUUUUUCAGUUUGCAACCAUCUAAUAUAAUUUAUGUAUAACUAUGCUCAUAUGUUGCCUUGCAGUUGUAAAAUGUACAAACUAAAUUCAAAUAAACACUUUAUUAUAAAAGCUG